CAAACAGCAACAACAACAACGCGAUGUAUCUCCGCAACGCCAUCAAGUUGCUCGCGCUGGCAGCCCCGGGACUCGUUGCGUCCAUUUCCUCUGCUCCCCUCUCUACCUCCGGUCGCUGGAUCGUCGACUCCGACGGGAACAAUGUCACCUACGCGGGCGCGAACUGGCCCGGUGCGGCCGAGGCCAUGUUGCCUGAGGGCCUGCAGUACCAGUCCAUCGAGUACAUCGUCGGCAAGCUCAAAGAGCUGGGCAUGAACGUGAUCCGUCUGACCUACGCGAUCGAGAUGAUCGAUGACAUCUACGAGACCGGAGCGGACGUGUCCAUCAAAACCUCGCUCAUCACGGCGCUGGGCGAGACGAACGGAACUGCCAUCUUUGAGGAUAUCAUCAAGAACAAUCCGACCUUCAGCGAGAACACCACCAGACUCGAGGUCUACGACGCCGUCGCCACGGAAUGCUACAACCAGGGCAUCUACGUGCACCUGGACAACCACGUCUCCAAGGCCGAGUGGUGCUGCUCCACCACCGACGGCAACGCCUGGUUCGGAGACACCUACUUCAAUGUGACCAACUGGCAUCGCGGAUGGAGAUACAUGGCUGAACACGUCAAAUCCCUCCCGGGAGUCAAGAGCAUCGGAAUGCGCAACGAACUGCGCAGUCCCGACGACGACACUGCCCUCGCCGACGCCACCUACAACUGGGACACCUGGUACACCAACAUGGUCGAGAACGCCAACCAAGUGCACGCCGUCAACCCGGACCUCCUCCUCUUCUUCUCGGGUCUCAACUACGACACCACGCUGUCCCCGAUCCCGACAGCCUCCGACCUCGGCAACGGCACCACCUUCAAGAAAACCGACUUCGCUUUCUCCGACAAGAUCGUCCUCGAGAUCCACAACUACGAUAACUCCGCCACCAGCUGCAGCAGCCUGGAGUCCAGUCUGGUGAGCGACGGCUUCGAUGCCCUCGAGACCGAUGACUCCGACAUCGUGAAUGUCUUGCCCGUCGUCAUGACCGAGUUCGGCUAUCUGAUGGAUAAUACCACCCAUACUGAGGUGUAUCCGACUUGCUUGAAGGAGUAUCUGCCCAGUGUGCAUGCCGGGUGGAUGAUCUGGGUCCUGGCGGGGAGUUAUUAUAUUCGUCAGGGAACCCAGGAUUAUGAUGAGACUUGGGGACUGCUGGACCAUACCUGGGAGAACUGGCGGUCGGUGGACGCGAUCGAUAACGGGAUCAUCCCCAUGGUGGAGGCGAGCCUGGGUUGAAGUUGAAAGUGAGGCGGCAACGUAAUGGCGGUAUUAUGCGGAGGAUAUGUUGGACUUGGAAUGGGUGUAUAUAUGUAUAGUCCAGAAGUAACCCUAUAUAUGGGCUGAAUAAUGAAAGUG